AUGACAUCGGCGAUGGUGCAGCAGCCGGUCGGGGCGGUAGACCCGCUGUCGGGUCUGAGCCGCUGCCUGGCGGCCCUCUGCCGCCCAGGCGCGGCAGUGGCACGCGAGGAGCACGCGCUGGCGGCGUUUGUGGACGCCGAGGGGCGCAGCACCAAGGGCGACAAGUUCAACCGCUUCCUGGCGGAGCUGCACGCCCGCAUUCGCUCCCUGGUGGCCUCCCCCGACCCGCACGAGCGGCUGGCGGGGGUGCUGGCCAUCGACGAGCUCGCCUCCACCAAGGUCUUUUCCGCCUCCGCCUCCCGCCUGUCCGACCUGGUGAAGACGCUGAUGGAGGUGUUCCAGGCCACCACAGAGGUGCACACCAUGCAGGCAGCUGCCAUCACGCUGGGACACCUGGUCAAGGCGGGCGGUGCGCUGAUGGCCGACGUGGUGGAGGAGCAGGUCAAGCGCGGCAUCCAGUGGCUGGCGGCGCCGCGGCAGGAGCACCUGCGCCUGGCGGGCGUGCUGCUGCUGCGCGAGCUGGCGGAGCACGCGCCUGCCAUCUUCAACGUCCACGUGCGCGCCUUCAUCGAGGUCAUCUGGAACCCGCUGCGCGACCCGCGCCAGCACGUGCGCGAGGCCGCGGUGGCGGCGCUGCGCGCGUGCCUGGUGCUGGUGGAGAAGCGGGAGACGCGGUACCGCGUGCAGUGGUACUACCGCCUGUUUGAGGAGACGCAGCGCGGCCUCACCCGCGUCACCUCCCUGGAGACCGUGCACGGCUCGCUGCUGGCUCUGGGCGAGCUACUGCGCCACACGGGCGAGUUCAUGCUGGCACGGUACCGCGAGGUCUGUGACACCGUGCUGCGCUUCCGCGACUCCAAGGAGAAGCUCAUUCGUCGCGCCGUCAUCACCCUGCUGCCCCGCCUCGCCGCCUUUGCCCCCGAGCGCUUUGUCAAGUCCUACCUGAAGCAGGCCACCGAGUACCUGCUGGGGGUGCUGCUGGUGCCCGCCGAGCGCGGCGCCGGCUUCACCGCGCUGGGGGAGAUGGCGGGCGCGCUGGCGCGGGCGGGCGUGGCGGCGCGCAUGAAGGCGCCCGACGACUUCCUGCGCCCCAUCGCAGCACAGGUCAAGGAGUGUUUGGGGCAGCGCAGCCGCGGGCGCCCGCUGUGCCCCGAGGCGCUCGAGUGUGCGGGGACGCUGGCGGUGGCGCUGCGCCGCGACUGGCAGCCCUACAUGCUGCUGCUUCUGGAGCCUAUGUUCCAGACGGGGCUGUCGGAGUCGCUCGUGCAGGCGAUGCACAAGGCGGUUGGAGCCCUGCCCGACCUGCUGCCACGCGUGCAGGCUUUGCUGCUGGACCUGCUGUCGCUGGUGCUGGCGCGGCGCCCCUUCAACCCCGCCACCCCCCCCGCCACGAUCAGCGCGCUGCAGCAGGCGCUGGCGCCGGGGGAGCUGCAGGGCGGCGCUCUGACGCGAUUGGCGCUGCACACGCUGGGCGGCUUCUCGUGGACACCCCACCACCUGCUGGACUUUGUGCGGGACCAGGUGACCCCAUACCUGGACGACAACGACGGCGCGGUGCGGCGGGCCGCUGCGGUGGCCAGCUGCCACGUGCUGGAGCAGCAUGUGCAGUACAGCAGGCGCCCCGGCGGACGCCUACCCGCCUCGGAGCAGCGCGCCGUGGACAAGACCAUGCAGCGGCUGCUGGCGUCGGCGGUGGCAGACCCGUCGGUGACGGUGCGGCGCACCAUCCUGGAGGCGCUGUCAUGCACCACAGCACUGGAGAGCCACCUGGCCCAGGCCGAGUGCCUGCGCAGCCUGUUUGUGGCGCUGAACGACGAGAGCAGCCACGUGCGCAGCCUGACCAUCCAGCUGGCGGGCGCCAUCUCCCACACCAACCCCGCCUACGUCAUGCCAGCGCUGCGCCGCCACCUCAUGCAGCUGCUGUCAGACAUGGACCACUCGCCAGACUCGCGACAGCGCGAAGAGAGUGCGCGGCUGCUGGGCGUGCUGAUCCGGUCGGCCCCAAAGCUGGUGCUGCCCUACACGGCGCCCGUGCUGCGAGCGCUGAUCAGCAAGCUGCGUGCCGCGGGCAGCACCGCGGCGGCAGCGCCCUCCACCACUCCAGCCAAGCCCAGCACCAAGAGCGCAUCCCAAGAGGAGGGCUUUGAGGUGGCUGUGCUGAUGACCAUGGGGGAGCUGGCCACGGUGGCAGGCACCCAGCUGCGCGCCGACGUGCCCGAGAUCCUGCCCCUCGUCAUCGACGCCAUCCAGGAUGGCGGCAGCCAGACCAAGCGCCUAGUGGCGGUCAGCACGCUGGGCCACGUGGUGGAGUCCACCGGGUUUGUGGUGGUGCCUUACCUGGAGUACCCCCAGCUGCUGGGCGUGCUGCUGCGCAUGCUGAGCGAGGGCGCGCCCGGGGUGCGGCGCGAGGUGAUGAAGGUCCUGGGCAUCAUCGGCGCGCUGGACCCGCACACACACAAGGUCAACCUGGCGGAGCUGCAGGGGGAGGGGCGGCUGGAGCGGGAGGGCGUGCGCCCGCAGUUCCCCAACAAGAACCCGCCGGAGCUGGGCGGGCUGCCGGGUGGCGUGGGCGAGCAGGCCCUGGACCUGCUGCCCUCUGCGGGGCUGGUCACCUCCAGCGAGGACUACUACCCCACCGUGGCCAUCAACGCGCUGAUGAGGGUGCUGCGCGAGCCCUCCAUGGCCGUGCUGCACGGCAAGGCGGUGGCGGCGCUGUUCGAGAUCAUCAAGGCCAUGGGCCUCUCCUUUGUGCCGUACCUGCCAAAGGUGGUGCCGGUGCUGCUGCAGCUGACGCGGGGCGCCGACGACCUGCAGCGGCGGGUGGACAUGGUGCGGGCGAUGACAGACCUGGUGGUGCUCAUGCGCCAGCACGUGCGCAAGUUCCUGCCAGACCUGCUGGCACUGGUCAACGACUUCUGGGGGGCGCCCGGGGGCCCCGCGGCCAUGCUGCCACACAUCCUCUCCCUGCUGGCAGAGCUGUCACAGACGCUGCGCGACGACUUCCGCUUCUACAUGCCCGAGCUGCUGCCCAAGUUUGUGAGCCUGCUGAAUGAGGCGGAGCGCACAAACGACUUCUCGCUGGUCAAGCCGGCCCUGGACGCUGUGCGCGCGCUGGGCCCUGUGCUGGAGGACCACUUGCAGCUGCUGCUGCCGGCCCUCAACCGCCUCAUCGUGCCGGGGGCCAGCGGGCUGCCGCUGGCGGUGCAGGAGGAGACGCUGGCGGCCAUGCAGGACCUGCUGCCGCGCAUGCAGCUGUCGGGCUUCUCCUCCGCAGUGCUGCACCCGCUCAUACGCCUGCUGGACGGGCCCAGCGAGGAGCUGCGGGAGCGGGCACUGGACACGCUGUGCUCCGUGGCGCUGGCCAUCGGCCCCGACUUCGCCAUCUUUGUGCCCACCAUGAAGAAGAUCAUGGGGCGGCACCGCAUGCCUGCGCACUCUGCGUUUGCGCGCGUGUCGGCCAAGCUGCUGCACCACGAGCCGCCCUGCAUGAGCGAGGCGGAGGACUGGGAGAGCAGCAGCGGGUUCCUGGCUGAGGAGCACCUGGCCAAGCCGCGGCAGUCCACGCCCGACAGGCUGCACCUGGAGCGCACCCUCACGCUGCAGUCGGACGAGGCGGGGCUCAACACGGGGCUGCGCACAGAGGGCGUGACCAGCCUGCGGCGCGCCUGGGAGUCGAGCCAGCGCAGCACCAAGGAGGACUGGGCUGAGUGGAUGCGCAACUUCAGCAUCGAGCUGCUGAAGCAGAGCCCCAGCCGCGCGCUGCGCGCUUGCGCCAGCCUGGCACAGACCAACCCGAGCAUGGUGGGCGGGGGCUGGCACAUGGUCACCACCCUGCUCAACCUGGCAGAGUUCAUGGAGCACGAUGAAAAGGCGCUGCCGCUGGACACGCGCACGCUGGGCGCGCUGGCCGAGAAGUGCCACGCGUACGCCAAGGCGCUGCACUACAAGGAGCUGGAGUUCCAGAGCAGCCCCCACACCGCGGUGGAGGCGCUGAUCAGCAUCAACAACCAGCUGCGCCAGCCCGACGCGGCGAAGCUGCAGCGGUGGGACGACGCGCUCAAGGCGUACCGCCUCAAGCUGGAGACGGCGCCGCCCGGCAGCGUGGCGCACGUGGAUGCCCUGCUGGGGCAGUGCCGCUGCCUGGCGGCGCUGGCGGAGUGGGACAAGCUGUUUGCGGGCCACGAGGACCUGCGCCAGGACGAGCGCGUCAUGCAGCUGUUUGGCCUGGUCAACAACAUGCUGUCCACAGACAGGGUGACCGCGGAGCGGGACCUGUCCAUCGCGCGGUACGCCGUCAUACCGCUGUCGCCCAACUCGGGACUCAUCGGAGCCACGUGCAACGAGGUGAUGCGCGUUCUGCGCAGCAACAAGGACAGCGUGAUGGCGAUGCUGGAGGCCUUUGUGCACGACCCGCUCAUCAACUGGAGGCUUCUCAACACGGGGGACAACCUGCCAGACGCGGGUGCCACCGCCACCACGCCGCCGCCCCUCCCGCCCCCUCCCGACGUGCCCAGCAGCACAGCCUCAGCCGCCUCUGUGGCCGCCACCAUCAGCAGCGGCGCCGGCGAGGCGGAGGAGGCGGGACCGGCGGCGACGUCCGUCGCACCGCUCCCCCCGCCGCCCGGCGGCGUGCCUGCAGACCUGCGCACCGGGCCGCCCUCGCCGCCGCGCCGCGACUUGACCCGCGAGCAGGUGCUGGCCGCGUAUGGCGGCAUUGGCGAUGCCACUGAGGUGCUGAAUGAGCGGGCGGUGGCGGUGAUGAAGCGCAUGUCUGACAAGCUGACGGGGCGGGAUGCGGUGGCGGAGGGCAUGGCGGCGCCCGUGGACCCCGACAGCGUGGCGCAGCAGGUGCAGCGCCUCAUCGCGCUUGCCACCUCCAAUGAGGCCCUCUGCCAGUCAUACAUCGCUCUCUUCAGGGGACGUAGUGUACGGGCAGCUGUACAGGGAUCUCAGCAGCGGUACAAGUCCACCAUGUCCGCCGGCGGGCGCUUCAGGAAGGAGGAGCGCGUGCUCAGCCUGCUGUGCUGGGAUGCACGCAGCGGCGAGGCGCGCUUGGGCUGCGGCUGCGGGUGCGAGGCACGCAGCGGGUGGGCCGAGGUGGUGGGGUGCAGGGUGGAUGGCGUGGCAAUGAACUGCGCCAUGCCGUCGGCCUGA